GUGUGUGUGCAUUGCUGGAGGGCACUCCUUGUGUGCUCUGGGUGUGACAGAGGAAGUCACCCUGGACUUAGGUUGGAUGGGAGAGCAUGUCUGUGUGUCUCAGAGCCACCAAGGAGAAGCAGGGGAGAGACGGCCGGAGCAGAAGCUGAGACCACCCAGCAGAGGAGCUAGGCCAGUCCAUCUGCAUUUGUCACCCAAGAACUUUUACCAUGAAGACCCUCCUACUGUUGGCAGUGAUCAUGAUCUUUGGCCUACUGCGGGCCCAUGGGGAUUUGGUGAAUUUCCGGAGAAUGAUCAAGUUAACGACAGGAAUGGAAGCCGCACUCAGUUAUGGCUUCUACGGCUGCCACUGUGGCGUGGGAGGCAAAGGAUCCCCCAAGGAUGCAACGGAUCGCUGCUGUGUCAUUCAUGACUGUUGCUACAAACGUCUGGAGAAACGUGGAUGUGGCACCAAAUUUCUGAGCUACAAGUUUAGCAACAAGGGGAGCAGAAUCACCUGUGCAAAACAGGACUCCUGCAGAAGUCAACUGUGUGAGUGUGAUAAGGCUGCUGCCAACUGUUUUGCUAGAUACAAGAUGACCUACAAUAAAAAGUACCAGUACUAUUCCAAUAAACAAUGCAGAGGGAGCACCCCUCGUUGCUGAGUCCCCUCUUCCCUGGAAACCUUCCACCCAAUGCUGAAUUUCCCUCUCUCAUACCCUCCCUCCCUUCCCUAACCAAGUUCCUUGGCAAUGCAGAAAGCAUCCCUCACCCAUCCUAGAGGCCAGGCAGGAGCCCUUCUAUACCCACCCAGAAUGAGACACCCAGCAGGAGAUUUCCAGCCUUCCACUGCUCUCCUCCACUUCAACUCCGUGCUUAACCAAAGAAGCAGUACUCCGAGGGGUCUCUUCUGAAUAAAGCAAUUAGCAAAUCAUGUA